AACAAGACUUGCUGCUAGCACCUGGAACUUAUUCGUAGGGUGCGUAUUGUUAUCGCCGCAAAGAGCAAUUUCUGCGCUAGACUACCGAGCCCGACGAGGAGUGCUGAGUCAGAACGACUGUCUGAUCUCCGCUAAAAGACAUCUCCCUCUCCAUACGCUUGACUCGCUGUAACUUCUGAAUUUCGUUAUCACUCGCACCGGUUUCGCUACAAUCACAGAUGGCGACCGCUAUAAGCCAGAGCCUGGCCGUACAGGCCAUUCAAGCAGUCCCCGCGCGAUUUUCUCGCAGCGCGUCGUCUAGACUCGAAAAACCGUCCGUCGCCAACCACGCCCGCAUCCAACGCCGCCUUCGCCGCUUGCCCAUCCUCCACGCGUCGCACGAAACCAGCAGCAGCGCGCCGAGCGGCGACGUCGGCGCUACAGCCGUGGAGCUUCUGGAGCCGGAGCACGAGGCGCAGCUCGCUGAGGUGGCGCGUCUGCUCUCCGUCUCCACGUCAGCCUCCGCGAAUGGCGGCGCCGCGAGCGGCGGCGCGGCGGACGUGCAGCUCGGCGAGGCCGCGGCGGGGGAGCUCGUCCGGCAGCUCGACCACGCGGGGCGUGCGGCGCUGCUGACGGCGCUUUUCCCGGGAUCGACGGACAAGCACGACGCGGCGUUGGAGUUCCAGGCGGCGGACGUGAACCAUGACGGCGUGCUCGACUCGCACGAGUUCGCCACGUACGUCGAGGCGCAGAACGCCAAGAUGGAGGCCGCGGACCGCCCGCUCAACGUGCACCAGCUGGGGUUACUCGCUACGCGCUCCGCUAUAGGAAACAUAGGGUUCGGCGUGACAGACAACACCAUCAUGAUCAUCGCUGGUGACAUCAUCGAGGGCACUCUGGGCGCUGCGUUCGGCAUUUCCACUCUCAUGGCGGCGGGUCUGGGCAACGCAGUAUCCGACAUAAUCGGCACGAUUUUCCGCGAGUACAUCGAGGGCGCUACAGGACACUUCCUGCCGGACGUCAACUUCUCCUCCAAGCAGCUCGCAGAUUCUCGAGCGCGGUGGGCGGAGACGGGCGGCGCAACUGUCGGCGUCACCAUAGGGUGUCUCCUUGGGCUGGCGCCCCUGCUGGUGCUAAAGCAGAGAGCGUGCCAUGGGGGGAGUGACGGAGGGGACGCUGCUGCUGCUGCUGGUGUGCCCGUGCCUGUGGCUACUGUGGCACAGGUGGAAUGUGGGGAAGGGUUUACUGCCGCAGCCACUUCUGCUGGUGCUGCUGAUGAGGCUAGUGAAGCAAGAAUGGGUGAUGUAUGUUCAACAGCUGGUGCUACAGCUGGUGCUACAGCUGGCAGUGUGCCUGGUGCUGCGUUCACCCGCGGCGUGACGGCCCAUGCGUCCAUCAGUGCGGCGCAGUGGAUGGGGCCGUCCCCUAUCUUCCGCCCGCUGCCCCUCGCAGGGCCCAUGGGGGAGAGGGGAGGGCUGGGAGUGGCGCUGGUGCUGGCGCUGUCUGCACUCAAUGUGGCACGGCGAGUGAGGGGGGUGUUCAUGAGGAGAGGGGGGGAGAGAAGGGGGGAUGGGGAGAGGAAGGGUGUGGAAGAGAGCCAAUGAUGACAGAAGUGUGUUUCAUUCUAUAAGAUGCAGAGACUAAGUAGGACUGUUGUUGGGAGGGGACAGGUUCCACCAUCAGUCACACUCAUGGCAAGGUUGUUUUGGAGCUUUUUUUUUUCAAAUUUAUAGGAUUUGAGGUACACUUGUUAAUUCACUAUAAUGCUUUGAAGUUCGGGAUAUGAUAAAA